GGAGGUUGUUUGUUUAUUCAGGGCGGACCCUCUCUUUUCAGCGGGGAUUAAGGAUCUUGUUUUACACAUUCGCCGCCCAUCAUCUGAGUCAAAAUGGAAACAUGAAGAACUGAGAAGUGUGAUUAAGCUGCAGCGCUGUUAUUAUCCUGCACAUCGGCGGCUUCUGGGCAAGGAUGAGGGAUCUUCAAGCCAUUGACAGCUUGCUCUUGAAAGAGCUGAAGUCAUGUUGUGCGAAAGAGUACAACUUUCUUCCCAGAGAGACUGGCCUGAAGCUGAUGGAGUCUGCUUCCACAGAGAAUCACAGUGGAGUGUCUGCAAAAUGCAGAGACACCAGAGUGGAGGAACUGUGGGGCCUGACCAGUUUCUUUGGCUACAGCACCCAGACUUUUGUCCAAGCUGUCAAUUUGCUUGACAGAUUCCUCGCCAUUAUGAAGGUGCAGCCCAAACACUUGCCCUGUAUUGGAGUCUGCUGUCUUCACAUUGCAGCCAAAAUGAUGGAGGACAAGAGCAAUGUCUCACCCACCCAUGAACUCAUUCGCAUCAGCCAAAGCAAGUUCACUGUGUCAGACCUCUGUCGUAUGGAGAAGAUCAUCUCAGAGAAGCUCAGCGUGGAGCUCGAAGCAGUGACAGCCUUAACCUUUCUACGCCUCUACUACUCGGCCUUCAAAUCUCUGUCCGCUGGAAGGGAGGAGAUCCCAAGCAUUGGGAGACUGGAAGCCCAGCUAAAAGCCUGCUUAUGCCGGCUUGUUUUCUCUAAAGCAAAACCAUCAGUGCUGGCACUGUCACUCAUUGCUCAGGAGUUUGAAACCCUCCAGUCCAUCACUUUGAUGAAGAUUGUCCAGCAAUUCAAAAGACAUCUAAAGAUCAGUGACAGUGAGCUGCUCCACUGGAAGGAACUUGUGGCCAAGUGCAUGACAGAGUACCGCUCGAGCGAAUGUAACAAGCCAGACAACAAAAAGCUGGUUUGGAUUGUGUCCAGGAGAACAGCACAGAAUCUUCAGGCCAAUCACUUCAGUGUCCCUGGUCUGCCAACUAUUCCUGAGGGGAGCUGGGAUGAGAGUGAGAGUGAGGACUCCUGUGAGGACAUGAGCUGUGGAGAAGACAGUCCAUGCGGCUCGCCAGGAAGUGACGGUGAAGGAGCCUUCUUCCCCUCCGUCUUUCUCAAAUGCAGAAAGUGAUGAGUUCUCAUUGUGCAGUAGUGCUGGAUGUGUGUUUGUCCCCUGAAUUGUAGCUGAUUUAAGGUGGUCACCAUGUUUCAGAGCAAACCUGUGUUUCACUUGUCAUAUAUGUAAUGCGUGUGCCAAGUGACAGGUUUCAAUCAUUAAGUGCCUGUGUUUACUCAGUUUAUUGUCGGUUUCUUUAAUGUUAAAAAAACAUAUCAUAACAAUGCAAAAUGGAAAAUUGCAAUAUCUUGGCAGCUUGAUGGCAAUACAUCUGAAUGUCUUUUUCUAACAUUUAUCUCGGAGUUGUUUGUGUCCAAGCUCGACACAUUCCAGGAAAAAUAGUGAAGCACAAGGAAGAACUUGAUGGAUGUCAGUUAUGAGGUACACUUACUGUUGAAUACCAGCUCACACACUAGCACAUCCUCAGUCUUUUUUUUACAACAGUUUUUUAUACUCAGUGCCGUACACGCAUACAGUAUUCUGCAAAUGUAUGUUUAUUUACAUACCUAUACAAUUCUAAUGUGACAUAUACAACAUUGUAGUGUUAAAAUAUCAGACUGUAUAUGCAUGGAUACACGGAAAUUUGUGAUUAUGAAUGGAUGUUUGUGUUUACCAAGAUAAGCUUACUGUAAAAAAAAAAGUUUAAAAAAAUGUACAUAAGAUGUAAAAAAGAAGAAAAAAUGUUAUGAUUUGUGAACAUGACAUAAUGUGUGUUGUAUUUGGAUAUAAUAUGGAAUAUGUUGGAAGGGUCAGAAAUAAUCCUUCCAAAUAAAGUAGUUUUUAUCUA